UUUUGGGAGGGUGGAUUGUUACAAAGUGUCAUCAUCAGUAUGGCUGGUGGUGGAAGAAGCUGCUGCUGCUGCUGGUCUGUCGGGCUGUCACUGGGGCUGAUCACCUCCAUCCUGGGUUUGGGUCAUUCGGUGGAGCUGGUAUUUACUCUGGAGCCCAGUGAUGAAGUCGCCACCCCGGGGCAGUCUGUAACUCUGCUGUGCUCUGCAGAUGGUGUCCAGCCGAUCGCUAUAACUUGGAGGAAGAACGGCGCCCCCCUCUGGCCCGGGUCCAAUGCAUUCCCACUUCCCAACGGCUCCCUAUACCUCCCGUUUUUUACCAGCGAUAAAGAUGACGGGUCGUCUGACCAGGGAGAAUACGACUGCGUGGCACAAAACCGUUUCGGGUCGGUGGUGAGCCGCAAAGCAAGAGUGCAGGCAGCUGCCAUUCUGGAUUUUCACAUCUUCCCCCGAGACACGACUCUGGAAGAAGGUGGCGUGGCCAGAUUUCAGUGCCAGAUCCGUGGAGUGCCGGAACCGCAGAUUGUAUGGCAACGAAAUGAAGAAUUGAUAGACACAAAGCACCCAAGAUACACCUUGUUGCCCACUGGGGUGCUGCAGAUAACUGCCCUUCAAGGUGAAGAUGGGGGAACAUUCCGCUGUGUGGCCAAAAAUGCUGCUGGCAUUAAAUACAGUCCCGAGGCCAUGCUGACUGUGACAGGUCGUCAUUACACUGGAUAUAAGGAUCCAAUGAUCCUAGCUGGUCCUGAGAACCUGACUAAGACUGUUCAUCAGACAGCGAUUCUUGAGUGUAUGGCUACCGGAAAUCCUCGGCCAAUCGUGUCCUGGAGCCGUCUUGAUGGCCGUCCUAUUGGUGUGGAAGGGAUCCAGGUAUUGGGAACGGGGAAUCUAAUGAUAUCAGACCUCACUGUACAUCACUCUGGAGUCUACGUAUGUGCGGCCAACAAGCCAGGAACCAGGGUGCGCCGGACGGCACAGGGGAGGCUCGUAGUACAGGCCCCGGCUGAGUUCGUCCAGCACCCGCAGUCCAUUUCCCGGCCCGUUGGCACUACAGCCAUCUUCACAUGUCUGGCCCAGGGAGAGCCACCGCCUCAGAUCACAUGGCUGAAGAAUGGGCAGGAGCUGGAGCCCAAUGGACAUAUCAAGCUGAAGAAUAACAACAGCUCUUUAACCAUCUCUGGGAUCAGCCAGGAGGACGAGGCCAUCUACCAGUGUAUUGCUCAGAAUAGCGCAGGUUCCAGUCAAGCCAGCGCCCGGCUUUCUGUAAUAUGGGCAGAGGGACUGCCUGGGGCUCCUCAAGACAUUACUGCCACCACCAUAUCAUCCACCUCUAUCCAGGUAUCCUGGAGUGAGCCCCUGGAGAACACCCAGGAAAUUAUUGGAUAUGUAGUGCACAUCCGCAAAACUGAAGACCCCAUUCAAAUGGAAUAUCAAGAGGCUGUAAGCAAAGACACUUUUCAGCAGAUAGUGACAGACCUGGAGCCUUCGACAACCUACAGCUUCUAUAUUAAAGCAUAUACCUCAAGAGGAGCCAGCAAGGCGUCCAGCACUGUGGUGCAGAGAACGUUGGGAGAAGUGCCCGCUGUGCCAUCACUCUACAUCAAGGUCCUGAAUAGCACGGCGAUCCAGGCAGCCUGGGAGCCAUCCAUCAAACUGGGUCAGAACGAGGGCUUCAAACUCUACUACCGCAAGGUGCCAACGCCAAACUACACGGGGCCCAUGCUUCUGCCCAGCAACGUCAAGGCCUACAACAUCUGCAGACUGGACCCCCUAGUGGUGUACGAGGUGAAGUUACUGGCUUAUAAUCAACAUGGCGAUGGAAACUCCACAGUUCGUUUUGUAUCCUUGAAAGAGGCGUCUCCCCGAUCAGUGCUGAACCCAUCCUGUAACUGCGUGCUUGAUGAGCAGAGGGCCAAAUCCUCCGCCACCGGAAUCAUCAUUGGGAUCCAUAUUGGGGUCACCUGUAUCAUUUUUUGCGUCCUGUUCCUCAUGUUUGGAUACCGCGGAAGGCUCAUGAAGUGUAAAGCUGCACAGGACCCGAUCUCAGCUCCUCAAGGACCCGGAGGUAUCAGACUUUCAGAUCGAGCCGAUCACAAUGGUGAUACUCUGAGAGGCGGCGAGAUUCCAGAAACCAAGGGAAAAGUCAGUGAACUCAGAGAGAUGGAACAUUUAUUUCACCACUCACCUUCUCACCGAAACGGGCAACAGUCUGCUCCAUCUUGUCAUUUGGAUGAAAUGUUGGUGUCCACCAUCACUCCGGAUGAAAUCAGCUUUACCGAAGAAGACCCUCCGGGGGGCGCCUUACAGCCACAAGCAAGGACUGAAGCUCCUCCCAUCUUUCUCUAAAGCUGGUCCUGAAUCCUUCGCUGCUCCUUAUCAACCUAGUCUGACGGAGCUUCUUUUUUAUUUUUUUUUACACAAUUCUCAGGUCUCCAUUUUUCCAAACCUUGUGAUCCCUUUAUAUCCUUUUUGAUAGAAAUUUUGUACUUUUUUAUUAUUAUAUGUGAGAAUGCGGCACUUAUAGACUGUUACUCCCCAGAGACAGUGGGCAGUCUUUUUUUUUUUUUCACUAUCGCUACACGAGAAAUCGCCUGCUGGAAGCCCUCCGGCGGCAGGACCUACAGGUUUUUUAUAGAGCACUUACCUCUUUUCAUGUCACUACCCACUGAGAAUUCUGCUCUUUUUGUAUCGUUGUGUCAGAUGAUUGUUGAGGCUCCUGGGAAUAUCCCGGGGAUGUCUGCUGCUUUUGUAGCCUGGUUGGACUUUUUAAUAUUUCAUUUUUUUUUGUAGUUUUCAUUCAUUUUUUUUGCUUUUUUGUUUUAUAUUUUGACUUGUUAUGAGACGGAUAUAGACUGUAACAAGAGUCCGUGUACGCAGAGGUCAUUCACCAAACCUACCUCAACCGGGAUGAAUGUUUUUCAAGUGUGGUCGGUCUAUUAUUCUUGAUUGCUUCAUACGUGUCCACCGUGGAUGUGUGCCCCGGCAGUGGAUGUUUUAUUAUUUCGUUUUUUUUGUUUUUUUUUAUCAUUUGGGUAUUUUAAGGGAAAAAAAAUGCAUAAAUAGCUCAGUCUGUCUAAGUGAGCCACCUAAUGAGGAAUGUGUGGUAGAAAUGCCUGCCUAAUGGUUCAAUUGAAUGAACGUAAGUAGGGUUGUCCUGAUACCACUUUUUUAGGACUGAGUACAAGUACCGAUACU